AAAAAAAAAACCCGGCGCGUCCUCUGCCUUACCUUUCCCAUUCGACUCCAGCAAGAUGGACCCUACGGCCCUACCUUUCAACAAGAUGGAAAAGAGGGAUUCCAACUUUGUCCCUUUUGGAUCUACGGUGGGGAGGAAGAAAGAGGAAGAUCGGAGGGCUCCGGGCAGAUCUGAGGUUUUCAUUUGUUUUUAUUUCUUGGGUAUAUAUAUACACCCAAGAAACAACAGCAGGGGAGUCUCUGGGAGUCUCCGUCUGGGUUUUGAAAGCAGUAGAGGGGAGAGAAACAACCGCAGAUCCCGGCCAGAUUCCGGUGACAUUUCGGUCUCCUUUAGCUAGGUAAUUUCCAGAUCCGAACACUUAAGGGGCGCCUUCGGGUUUUUUGCCUCCAGGACUAUAAAACGGUAUACCCGGAAGCAUGACAACCUACAAAGAGCCUCCUACGUGCCUGUUUUUUCAUUUUAAGUAUAGAUCUAUGGAUUUGGGCUGAUUUUAUUGAUGAAUUUUCGGUUGAAUGUACUGUGAAU